AAUUAAAUGAUUAAUAUAUAUUUAAUAAUAAUUAUUUUGAAUGAUUUAUUAACAUUAUGAGUAAUUUAACAAAUAAAUUGCGGAUACUUGCAAUUCAUGGAUAUGCUCAAUCAGAUAAUAUUUUUAAAACAAAAUUAGGCUCUUUACGAAAAGGAUUUAAAAGAGAAAUUGAUUUCAUAUUUUUAAAGGCACCACAUAAAGUUCCAAUGAAAAGUAAUUUUGAUAUUGAUGAUAUUGAAGAAGCAUAUGGAUGGUGGUUCAAUACAAAAGAUCAUAUAUUUAAAGCAAUUGUGCCAAGUAACUCAGUUAUAGGUUUUGAAGAUAGUAUAACUGUAAUUGAAAAGAUAUUUCAAGAAUCCGGACCUUUUGAUGGUAUUUUAGGAUUUUCACAAGGUGCAGCAUUUGUUAUUAUACUUUGUUUUAUGCAACAAAAAAAUUUGUUACAAAUCAAAUUUGAUUUUGCAAUUAUUAUAUCAGGAUUUAAGUCAUUAUGUGCACCUCAUGCAAUAUAUUAUGAUGGAAAAAACAUACCCUCUUUACAUAUAUAUGGAAAGACUGAUAAAAUUAUACCAACAGAAAUGGCAGAAGAAAUUAGUGAAAUGUUUAUAAAUAAAAUAAAAAUAACACAUGAAGGAGGCCAUUAUAUACCAAGUAAGAAAGAAUAUUAUAAAGAAUUUAUUAUGAAAAUGUUUUUAAAUAAAAACAAAAAUAAUUAAAAAUGUUUAAUUAUUAUCUCAUGGUAUAUAAAAGAUUAUUUAUAUUAAAAUAUAAACAAUAUAAAUCUAUAUAAAUUGUAAACUAUAAGUACAAGUAAAAUAUUAGAGCGAUAUUAGUAAAUUUAUUUAAAUCAAUUAUAAGUAAACACUGUAUAAUAUUCACUAAAAAUGAAAUUUGUUAACAUUUUAUAUUUAGAGUUGUAUAUGGUAGCCAAGAUAAGAGAACAUGAAUAUAAUAAUAAAUUGAAAUGAUUUUAUUCAAA